AGAAAAUGAAAAGACAGCGUGUGUCUCUAGAAAAGAUUAUAGAAUUAGAAAAGAAAUUCUGAGAGACCACAAAGAAACUUGACUACAAACUAUGAACAAAUAUCUAUGAAAUAUUGUUUGGAUGUAUAUUAGGAGUGGCCCCUCUUGAUUCUAAUUCUAAUUUAUACUCUGAUGAAGAAUACUUUACUACUGAUCUUUAUAUUUAUUUAUCUGAAGAAACAGAUGUACUCUUUGCUAAAGCUAUGAAAGCAUUUACCUUUUAUAAUAUUGAAAAAAUUACUUGGGAAAGUCUUCAACCAAAUAAUAAACAUGCCUCAAAUUUCCUCUCUAUUGCGUUUCCUCAUAAAGCAAAUAAAUUUUGUAUAAACUCUAAUAUGAACAAAAAGACAAAUGUUUCAUUUUAUUUAGACAAAAUCAUCGAAAUUAGCCAUUGAGUGCAAAAGAAGAUCACUUUCCGAGGGCUAAAUAUGAGCAUAUCUCAACUAAAAAGGUUAAUAAGUUCUUACAGACAUGUUAGCUGAAUUGAACUUGCAUUUUGUCAAUUUUCAAUCCCUGAAAUCCCAAAUUUUUCAUAUGCACUCAAAGACACUCAGAUACAAAGGAUAGACUUAUUCUACUCUGGGAAAAAUGACUCGAUGCCUUACAACCCUGAUGCUUUGUGAAUAACAAAUUUGUUGGAAGGGUUAAUUUCUUCUCCAUAUUUACAACUUUCUCUCAGGGAAAUAUGGAUUGAAGGCUGUGGUAUUAAAAGAUCUGAGACUCAGAAGCUACUCAAAACCUAUGGUUUAGACAGAAUUCGGUGAUAGAUAUUAAGAUAAAUAUAAUAUUGAUCGUGCAUCUUUUCA